AUGUUUUUCAACAACCUUUUCUUCUCUUUCCUACUCUCUGUACUGUCAGCAGCAGCUCUGUUUCCAGCAUCAGACAACGCGAAUCCGGAUCAUCCUUCUCCAGUCCAACAUGUCGAACGAGACCUCUCCCAACCUCCAACCCUCAGCAACAUCACCCUUUCCACACCCUCCUCCCUAAACACCACCAACGCAAUCGACCCCCACUGCUUCCUUCCCAACCCUCGCCAACCGCACAUCCAGCCCUCGGACUGCCACACCGCUCUCUACGCCCUCGUCGUCUCCCCCAGCGCCAUGCUCCUCGAACACUGGGACCGCAGCUCCAUCCUCCCCGUCGAAUCCGCAUCCGGAACCUGCUCCAUAAUCCUGGCCCGUGUUACGGACACUGCAGAUGGCAUUUUCCAACCGAUUCUAGUAGCGCACGCGGCUGCGCUGCUCGUGCGGAGCUGUGUCACGGCGAGAUGGGGGUAUCAGGGGGGUACGGCGAGGAUUGGCCAGAGGCAGGACUUUGUGGUAUAUUUGAGUGCUAGUUGGGCCGCGGGCGAUAUGAGUAUAGCAAGAGCGACUGCUUGA